AUGGAAGGGCGAAACCUACCGCUCGUGCUAUUCCCUCUCUGCAUGGUACUCUUCGCGUGGUGGUACUUCGCCCGGCGAAGUACUAACAGCGUGCUCCACAAUCUUCCAGGUCCUUCCCGGAGGUCAUUUUGGACAGGAAAUCUUCCUGAAUACCUCUCUCGCCAUGGGACGGAAUUCCAAAGGCACGUCGCGCUGGACUAUGGUUUGGUAUCAAAGAUACACGGCGUCAUGGGGGCGAGUAUGGCCAAGUCUUCCCUGAUCAUCAAGCUUACAAUCGCGCAGCGUGUCAUUCCUUACAUCGCUGAUCCCAAAGCGCUGUAUACAAUUAUGAUCAAGGAAGAGCACAUAUUUCAAGAAUCGGAGAGUUUUCUCAUAGCCCAUGCGAUUUUGCUCGGUUCCAGUUUGCUUUCCACCGUCGGAGAUGCACAUCGCAGACAGCGAAAGUUGCUGAAUCCGGCAUUUUCUACCACGCACAUGCGCUCAAUGCUCCCAAUAUUUUAUGAUGUCGUACACAGGCUUCGUGAUGCUAUCUCUGCCCAGGUCAAGGGUGGGCCUCGGGAAAUCGACAUGCUGAAUUGGUUGGGCCGGACGGCACUUGAACUGAUCGGCCAAGGCGGGCUGGGAUACUCAUUCGACCCGCUUGUCGAGGAUGUCCAGAACACGUACGGGAAUACUAUAAAGAGCUUCUUCGCGAAUUUGCAAGCACUGGCGCCGUUGCGGUUCUUUGUGCCCUAUCUCCCCAAACUUGGGCCGGCGUGGUUUAGGCGACGUCUUGCAGAGAUGGUUCCACAAAAACAUGUGCAGAAUCUCAUAACGAUUACAGACAUCAUGAGCGCAAAUUCGCGAACGAUCUAUGAGUCUAAGAAGGCUGCUCUGCGCGAGGGUGAUCAAGCGGUCGGAGAGGGCAAGGAUAUCAUGAGUAUCUUCAUGAGAGCGAAUACGGCUACCUCGGAUGCUGAUAGACUUCCCGAAGAUGAGCUUAUAGCCCAGAUGUCGACUCUUGUGAUGGCUGCGACAGACACGACAUCUAAUACGUUGGCCCGCAUGCUGGAAAUUCUGGCAGCGCGUCCCGACGUUCAGGACAAGUUGCGCCGCGAGGUUCUCGAUGCAGGCGCAGGCAUCGGCGUAUCCUACGAUGAAUUAGACCAGCUCCCCUUCCUUGAUUCUUUCUGCAGGGAGACAUUACGCCUCUAUCCCCCCGUUUUAAUUCUGUUCCGCGAGGCAAAGCAGGAUACAGUACUUGCGCUUUCCGAGCCCAUAAUCGGUGCCAACGGCCGUCCCAUUACGGAGCUCCCCAUCGCCAAGGGCACGGAAGUCAUGGUCGGCGUCCUAGGUUGUAAUACGAGCAGGGCCCUCUGGGGUGAGGAUGCGCUCGAAUGGAAACCUGAAAGGUGGCUCUCUCCCCUGCCUCCCACAGUGACGAAGAACACAAUUCCAGGCGUUUACUCCAACAUGAUGACAUUCUUGGGAGGAAAGCGGGCAUGCAUAGGCUUCAAAUUCUCGGAAAUGGAGAUGAAGGUCGUGCUAUCCGUGCUCCUUUCGAACUUCAGGUUUCACCUGACCGACAAGCCGAUCGAGUGGAAUGUUGCUCCGGUUCGCUAUCCUACUGUCGGAAAAGCGAGCGACGUGCCACAGCUGCCGCUGAAGGUGGAACUUUUCAAAUCCUGA